AUGGCUGAUGAAUUCGCUGACAAUGAGUAUGAGGAGGGUGACAAUCUUGUCGAAUGGAUAAAUGCACAGAAAAAUGCGUAUCUUAUGUCUUUGAAAAGUAAACAUUUGAACGAUGAUCAGGUUAAAAUAAUUGCAAAAGAAUUAAAAGUAAACAACGAUUGGAAGUGUGUUGUUUUGGCUGAUAACCAAAUAUCAGGUGCCAUACGCGUCCAAUAUUUAGCGGAUGCAUUAAUGGUAAACAAAGAAUUGGACACUCUUACUCUGUCAAAAAAUUAUCUGUUGGAUGAAGGUCUAAAAUUAAUUUGCGAUUCGUUGAAAAUGAAUAGCAAGACUCAGCUUCGCUUACUCGAUUUGGAUGAAAAUAAAAUCACAGACGAGGGCUGCAAGUAUAUUUCAGAAAUGUUAAUUCAAAAUACAAAAUUAUGUGGGCUGAAUCUUGAUGAUAACUUAAUUGGCGAUGGUGGACUGUUGUCGUUGGCACACGCAGUGAUAAUAAACAGCAACAACAACAGCAGCACUAACGGUCUGUUGCAGAUAUCUAUUAGAAAUAAUAAGAUCAGUGACAACAGCGUCGAUGUUAUUAUUGACUUGUUCAAAAACUCAAGACUUGAAACAUUAAGUCUCGGUGGUAAUCAAAUAUCAAAUGAGGGAACAAAUAGAUUGCGACAAGUAUUUGCAGAUUCAUAUGGCACAAGUAGUGGCGAUGAUCUUUAUUUAUCAAGAAUACCGCCGCGGAUUCAACAUGCGCAAGGUCGCAAAACCUAG